UUGGUAAACUCUGGAAGUGGAGCCGUUUAUUGGCAAGGGGAAACGGGGAGGGAGGGGAGAAAUAUAAGAUGGGAAGGAAAGAAAUGUGAUUUCAGAGAUAUCCAUGACCUUAAAAACACGUUUGGCCUUUAAGGAAAAGUGCCAAGAUCCAUUAAGUGUCGCUUUAGAAGCAGAAGGAUUACGCUGCUUCUUCACAAGUCGUUUCAGGAGCUAAAUCGGGCCGGUCAGACUUUACUUGACUUGAAAGCUCACUUGAUUUCCUAAGUGCCUCAUAGCUGGGCUCAGACAGACCUUCUUGCUCAUAGCGAACUUCUAAAGCUCGGCGAUGUAUUUAUGGCAUUCAAAAUACCCCCAGGCAGCUCGCCUGCGGUUCGGACCGCUUUCUUCCCGGCUGCAUGAGGGCAUUUCGGGCUGGCAGAGCCGCUUUUCCCACGCCUGCAACCCCCCGGGGGGUGCGAACUUUGUGGAGAUGAGCAAAUGGCAGAGGCAGAGAUGGGCAGAGCUGGCAAGGCCAGGAAGCUCCACGCAGCACCAGGCAGUGCUGCCAGCACCGAGCAGCACCCAGCACUGCAGGUAGGAAUGAGCAGCACCCAGCACUGCAGUAGGAAUGCAUGCAGCACCCAGCAAUGCAUGCAACAUCCAGCAGCACCCAGCAGUGCAGGUAGGAAUGAGCAGCACCCAGCAAUGCAUGCAGCACCCAGCAGUGCAUGCAGCACCCAGCAGCACCCAGCAGUGCAGGUAGGAAUGAGCAGCACCCAGCAAUGCAUGCAGCACCCAGCAGCACCCAGCAGUGCAAAGAGAACUGAGCAGCGUUCAGCAGUGCAGGUAGAAAUGAGAAGCAGCAGGCAGUGCAUGCAGCACCCAGCAGCACCUAGCAAUGCAGGCAGAACUGAGCUGUGCAAGCAGCACCAUAUAGUACCAUGGAGCACCCAGUAGUGCAGGCAGCACCAAGCAACACCAAGCAGUGCAAGAAAUACUAAACAGAACCACACAGCACCCAGAAGUGCGUGCAGAACUGAGCAGCACCCAGCAGCUCAGGCAGCAUCAAGCAGCACCAAACAGCACCCAGCAAUGCAGGGAGAACUGAGAAGCACCCAGCAGUGCAGGCAGCAUCAAGCAGCACCAAAGAGCACCAAAGAGCACCCAGCAAACCCAGGCAGUGCCAAGCAGCACCCAGCAGCCCCAGCCAGCAUUUCCCUGCCCACUGGCCCCACCAAACCACCCUGCAUCUCUCUGCUUGCAGAGGAACGAUGGCAGGGAUCCUUUCCUGGGGAUCUUCUCUCUCGCCUUCUCUUCUUCUUUUUUUUUUUAAUCAAUUAAAGAAAAUAAUGCUUUCUGUUUGCCACCAGGCCCCGCCUGCCAUUGGCCAGGGGUGGCCACGUGACCAGGAUUGGCUGCAAUUUCGCCCCAGUCUCGAGUUUAAUAGAGCAAGGUCCCAUACGCCUGUAUUAUCAGCAAUAUAACAAUUAUAAAAAGCCCGAGAACCAUCAUCAUCACUGCCAUAAAAACUGAGGCCCUUAGAUUUCUUCCUCUCUUCCCUCCUCCUUCCUCCCCCCCCUCCCGCUUUUAAACCCCUGGGCCCUGGAAAAGCCAUGAAUUUUGAAUUUGAGAGGGAGAUCGGGUUUAUAAAUAGCCAGCCUUCGCUCGCAGAGUGCCUGACGUCUCUUCCCGCUGUCCUGGAGACAUUUCAAACUUCAUCAAUCAAGGACUCGACAUUAAUUCCUCCUCCUUUCGAGCAAACCGUCCUCAGCCUGAAUCCUUGUUCCAGCAGCCAGGCAAGACCGAGGAGCCAAAAAAGAGCAUCCCAUGGCCUGCUCCAGCCUCAGCCUCCGGCACAGCCCGGCCCCUUGGCAGCGGAAUUCCCUUGGAUGAAGGAGAAGAAAUCGUCCAAGAAAACCACCCAGGCUCCAUCCUCAUCUUCCUCUUCUUUCCCCCCAUCGUCUUCCUCGGUGCCGAUCCCCGCCGCAGGAUCUCCUGCAGACACGCAGGGGUUGGCAGACAGCAGCGGCUCUAGGCGGCUCCGGACAGCUUACACCAACACACAGCUCCUGGAGCUGGAGAAGGAAUUCCACUUCAACAAAUACCUCUGCAGGCCCCGUCGGGUAGAAAUUGCUGCUUUGCUCGAUCUGACCGAACGACAAGUUAAAGUAUGGUUCCAGAACCGCAGGAUGAAGCACAAGAGGCAAACACAAUACAAAGAUCCCCCCGACGGGGACAUCGCUUACCCCGGGCUGGAUGAGGGCAGCGAAGCCACGGAUGAGGCCGAGGAAAGCCCCUUAUUGGGGCCGUGCCCGGGGCCAUACCGGGGUGCGCAGCCCGAGCAGCCCCGCAGCCCUCGGGACACCGAUCGGCCCGGACCCCCCCCCUCGGAUCUCAGCUUUCCCGAGAGCCAGGGCUCGCCUUGGUUGCCGGAACUCAGCAUCCUCUCGGCAGAAUCUUGCUUGCAGUUCUCCCCCGCUCUUCAGGAUUCUUUGGAGAGCCCCCUCCAUUUCUCGGAGGAAGAUCUGGACUUUUUUACCAGCGCACUUUGUACCAUAGAUCUGCAGCACUUCAAUUUCCAAUAGCGUCCCCGUUUGUCUCUCUCUCUCUUUUUUUCUUUUGUCCCUUUCUGCCCCACCCCGAGCCUCUUCAGCUCUUCAGACGGGAGGGGGUCACCCCAAAAACAAACCCAAAUCAUCCCCCUUUCAAUCAGCAAUCGGACAUUUUAAAGCUCUUCACUUUGAGGGACCCGAAUCGCAGCCGCACUAUUUAUUUUAGAAGGCUCGUAUAAAAGAGCUUCUUACAUUUAAAAUAUAAAUUAGGUGCUAAAUGAUAGGCUUUUUCCUUAUUUAUUUUAAAGGAAGCACCCAAUAGUUUCCAUGCGCAUCAGAGAUGACCGCCCUCGAGUGAAAACAAUUGCGAACCCUUCAAGCGACUUUCUCAGGAAUCAGAAUGAGACUUUUAGAUUUCUUAAGGAAAUAAUAACGAGAAGAACAGAGGAAUUUUCGUUCCUCCUUUUUAAGUUUUAGAUGUAGAUUAUUUAUUCAAAUCCUUUAAUAGCAAAUGGCAAAUUAUUUAUUGUACAUUAUUUUCAUAGAGGAAAUAAAUGCCUUUAUAAAAGCGA